UUUUGUGUUUCGUUGAGAACUCGCUUGGGUUAAGUUUGGCCAUCAGUCGAUCCAAAGCCUCCAAAGUUGCGGCGCCUAUAUCUUCCCAAUAGAGAGAGAAGGCAAACAAGGGCGACAAACACUGCAACGCAGGGAGAGAACCGAAACCCUAGAAACGCAGAUCUAUCGAACGAGACAAUUAUUUGAGCAUCCAGUUACGUGCUACACCUGUUUCCAUUCUCUGUCAUGGCGGUCGAUAAUCUUUUCAAAGAUGAAGCCACUGAAGAAAAGGGGGAGCGUGCUAGAAUGGCAUCCUUUGUUGGUGCCAUGGCAAUUGCAGACUUGGUUAAGACAACCUUAGGCCCAAAGGGGAUGGAUAAAAUUCUACAAUCGACAGGCAGGGGACGGAGUGUCACUGUCACCAAUGAUGGCGCGACCAUCUUAAAAUCCCUCCAUAUCGACAAUGCAGCUGCUAAAGUCCUUGUUGACAUUUCAAAGGUUCAAGAUGAUGAAGUUGGUGAUGGGACAACUUCGGUGGUUGUUUUGGCUGGGGAGCUUUUAAGGGAGGCAGAAAAGCUAGUAGCAACAAAGAUUCAUCCGAUGACAAUCAUUUCAGGUUACCGGAUGGCAGUUGAAUGUGCUCGCGACGCAUUGUUGCAGAGAGUCAUGGAUAAUAAAGAGGAUUCAGAGAAAUUCAAAUUGGAUUUGAUGAGGAUUGCAAUGACCACUUUGAGUUCAAAAAUACUCUCUCAGGAUAAGGAACAUUUUGCAAAGCUGGCUGUUGACGCUGUUAUGAGGUUAAAGGGCAGCACAAACUUGGAGUCCAUCCAAAUUAUUAAGAAGGCUGGAGGAUCAUUGAAAGAUUCGUUUUUGGAUGAAGGAUUUAUUCUGGACAAAAAGAUAGGUAUUGGCCAACCAAAAAGAAUAGAAAAUGCGAAGAUUUUGGUGGCAAACACUGCUAUGGAUACAGAUAAAGUGAAAAUUUAUGGUGCACGUGUUCGUGUUGAUUCAAUGUCUAAGGUUGCCCAGAUCGAGGGGGCUGAAAAGGAAAAGAUGAAAGAGAAGGUGCAAAAGAUUAUAGCUCAUGGGAUUAACUGCUUUGUUAACAGGCAGUUGAUUUACAAUUUCCCAGAGGAACUCUUUGCAGAUGCAGGAGUACUUGCAAUUGAACAUGCUGAUUUUGACGGCAUUGAGCGCCUGGCUCUUGUUACUGGCGGUGAAAUUGCAUCGACAUUUGAUAAUCCAGAGACCGUUAAGCUUGGGCACUGCAAACUUAUUGAAGAAAUCAUGAUUGGUGAGGACAAGUUGAUCCAUUUUUCUGGCGUCGAAAUGGGCCAGGCUUGUACCAUAGUACUGAGAGGUGCAAGCUUUCACGUGCUUGACGAAGCAGAAAGAUCUUUGCAUGAUGCAUUGUGUGUGCUUUCCCAGACUGUAAAUGACAGCAGGGUUUUGCUUGGUGGUGGAUGGCCUGAGAUGGUGAUGGCAAAGGAAGUGGAUGAGCUUGCCCGGAAGACUCCUGGGAAGAAAUCUCAUGCUAUUGAAGCUUUUUCACGUGCACUUGUAGCAAUACCGACAACCAUUGCUGACAAUGCAGGUUUGGACAGCGCUGAGUUGAUUGCACAGCUCCGUGCAGAGCACCACAAAGAAGGAAGCAAUGCUGGAAUUGAUGUCAUCUCUGGAUCUGUGGGAGAUAUGGCUGAGCUGGGGAUUUCUGAGGCAUUCAAAGUUAAGCAGGCUGUAUUGCUUUCCGCAACCGAGGCUGCAGAGAUGAUUCUUAGAGUUGAUGAAAUCAUUACUUGCGCCCCUCGAAGGAGAGAAGAUAGAAUGUGAAAGCAAGGAAGAUCACUUAUCCAUGGUUAGCAGCAUAUGUUGUAAUGCACCUUCUAAUACUUGGCUUAUGCACGAGUAGAAUACUGAUUGGGUUGAGAUUUGGUUGGUUUGCAAAGUUGUGUUCUUUGCAGGGUUGAUUAGUUUUUUGUCUGGAGAAGUUAUGCACAAUGUUUUGCUGCUUAGUUUUUGUAAAAGUUUGCUGAAGUUGAUCCACAAAUUAUGAAUUUUUUGUUCCACAACUAAUUGACAUGAUGGUCGAUUGGAAAUCAACUUGGAUGUAAACAAAUGUUAAGUGGGGUUAACGAGUUUUUCUGAAAAA